AUGUCUUCCCAGCUCAGUGCCUCCUUAUUCAGGCUCAAGCUUCUCGACGCAUUGAGAGCCGACGAUGAAAGUAAAGUAAAGACCUUGUUCAGCGAUCUUUCCGAAGUGGAAGCGACCGUCGACACCACCGAGCUCAUCAAGUUGAAGGAAACCAUCCUCCAUUAUGCCGUGCAAGUGGCUCCAUUGUCGCUUAUCCAGGCGCUUGUAGCCAAUCCAGUCUAUGGUGUAGACAUCAAUGCUCAGGAUGCAGAUGGAAACACCCCAUUGCACUUGGCGGUUGCCGCCAAUCGCUUCAAUGUGGUGAAAUACUUGAUGAGCUUGCCCCUGAUCAAUGACACGGUGGUCAAUGCCGAGGGCAAGCAGCCUGUGGAACUUACUAAGGACUCGAACGUUGCCCAGUUGAUGCAAUUUGAGAGAGCGAAGUUUGUAGAGAAGGCUGCUACCGAGUUGCGGCAAUAUUUCAGCAAGCGCGAUUUUGAUAACUUAGAAAAUCUCUUGGUCAACAAUCCAAGAGCGGCAGAGCUUUUGGACAUUAAUGGUGCUGAUCCAGAAACUGGCAACACAGUCCUCCACGAGUUCAUCCGCAAGGAGGAUUUGCAGAUGUGCGAGUGGAUUCUCAAACACGGAGGUGAUCCUUUUAAAAGAGAUAAGAAGGGGAAGCUUCCCUUAGAUUUGGUUGCUCAUAGAAGCGACCCCAUUAGAAAGCUCUUGAAGUCUGUCAGUAAGGACCAAAAUAUGCUAGAUCCUGCUGGAAACAGCAACAGUGGCUUGGGAAGCGCUCCGACCUACAAAGGCUACUUGAAGAAGUGGACGAAUUUCGCUUCGGGUUACAAAUUGCGCUAUUUCAUCUUAGAUCAGUUCGGAAUCCUCUCGUACUACACUAAUCAAGGAGACACGAUAAACGCAUGCAGAGGCUCAUUGAAUCUCGGGUACGCUUUCCUACACUUGGAUUCAUCAGAGAAGUUGAAGUUUGAAAUUAUAGGUAAGAAUGGUAUCAAAUGGCACCUCAAGGCUAAUCAUCCUAUGGAGACAAACAGAUGGGUCUGGACCCUCCAGAAUGCCAUCACUGCUGCUAAAGACAGAAUCAAGCGUUCGAACAGUCAGAGUAAUGUAUCAAGAAAAUCGCUGGAUGUCAGCAAAGCUUCAAGAAGAGACGACACUAGCGCCCUUGAGGAGGAAAAGGGCGAAAAAGAGAAGAGGAGUCGUCUCCUCAGUGUUCCAGGAAGAAGACGGCUGCACAGAAAAAGCGCAAGUCAAGUGUCUGUAUCGUCUUUUACAAACUCUGACGCUGAGGACAACCACUCAAUUGCUUCAAUUGACACAAGUCCCAUACACAACAAGGUCAAGAACCUUUCAAAGAUCAAUGAAACUGGUGCAAACGCUGCUAAUUCGAGGGUUAGUUUCGACCUGAUCCCAGGUGGAGAGGACUUUGACUUUGAUCUCGAUGAGAGCAUUAUGUCUGAUUCAGACUCUGUUGGCGAGACGAAGGACGAUGACAUUACACAGGAGAACAUCCAAGCAAUUUGCAGGUCUGUUUUGUUCGAAAUUGAGAGUCUUAGAGAUCUCUUUAAGGUUUUGGGCUCAUCUAAGCUUGAUGAAAACGAAGUCCAGGAGACUGAGAGAAUCGGCAGUGAGACCUUCAACAACGUCAAAGCAAUGAUUGAGAAAUACCUGAGAUUAGCGCAAGCUCGCGACGCUCGCCUCUUGAAACAAAUUGAGAGACAAAAGGAAGUCAACAAAUUGUGGGAGAAUUCAAUCCGUCAAUUGGAGGAUGAAAUGCAAAAGCAACAACACACUUUGGCUCAAUACGAUGAUAACAAGGUGAAGUUGCGCAAACUUUUAGAGUCUAGAGGUUUCUCAUCAUCCCUGGGUGUCAAAGAGAAUUACAAUAUUAACUCCGCCGAGGUGCCAAAUACACCUGAGGAAGAGUCGAAACCUGUUGAUAAUUCAUCCAUUCUCGAGGAAAUUUUCCAUGAUUCUGAUGAGGAGUUUUUUGACGCUGACGACUUCGAUGAUGCCACCGAUGUUCCACAACAAGCUCCUGUAGUUGCAGCUAUUUCAAAUGACAAAGAGCAGCCCGAAAUUGCCGAGCCAAAGAUUGAAGAAACGAUGACAGAGAGCCAAGUCCUCAUGCAAAAGACUUUAGUUGACCAGGAAUCAUUUUUGGGAUAUGAGAACCCCCCAAGAUCCAGACUUGCCAUGGAUUCAGAUGAUAGACCAAAGGUGGGAUUGUGGGGUAUUUUAAAGUCUAUGAUCGGUAAAGAUAUGACCAAAAUGACUUUACCUGUUUCUUUCAACGAAUGUACGUCUUUGCUUCAGCGUUUGGCUGAGGAUAUCGAGUAUAACGACUUGCUUUCUCGUGCAGCUGCAAUUGAUGACUCGACUUUGAGAAUGGUGUAUGUUACAGCAUUUGCUGCAUCAGAAUAUGCCUCUACUAUUGACAGAAUUGCCAAGCCCUUCAAUCCCCUCCUCGGAGAAACAUUUGAGUACUGCCGUAAAGACCAAGAUUUUAGAUUGGUUUCAGAACAAGUGAGUCACCAUCCUCCGAUUAGUGCAUGUUGCGCACAGUCUGUGAAGUGGGAUUACUACGGAGAAAAUGCAGUUGACUCUCAGUUCCGUGGAAGAUCUUUUGACUUUAAGCAUUUAGGUAAAAUGUUCUGCGCCAUUAGGCCGGAUAAGGGUGCGCUUAGCAAGGACGGUUCUCGCGUAGAAGAAGAGCUCUACAGUUGGAAGAAGGUCAAUACAUCCGUUGUCGGUAUUAUGCUUGGUAAUCCUACCGUGGACAACUAUGGUACAAUGGAGGUUACCAACCAUACUACAGGCGAUAUCGUUAGAGUUGACAUGAAACAACGUGGAUGGAAGGCUUCUUCUGCAUAUCAAUUAUCUGGUGUUGUGUCAGAUGCGAAGGGAAACAAUAGAUGGGCUAUUGGAGGCCACUGGAAUUCGAAGAUUUUCGCCAAGAAGAUCAGUGGAAGCGGAGAGUUGGACAAAAAGAGACGCGAGUCUUUGAUAGACACGGUUGAAGACAGCUCCUCUGAUCCAUACAGUGGAUCUAAAUUCCUUGUAUGGCAAGCAGCACCACGCCCUAAAGUUCCAUUUAACUUGACUCAAUUCGCCAUCACAUUGAACGAGAUUAAUGAUAACCUCAAGCCUUGGUUGCCACCUACAGACACACGUCUCAGACCUGAUCAAAGGGCCAUGGAGGACGGAAGAUACGACGAGGCCUCAGAAGAGAAGCACAGAGUUGAAGAGAAGCAAAGAGCAGCUAGAAAGAAACGUGAGAUCAACCGUGAAGCGUACAAACCAAACUGGUUCAUCAAACUGAAGCAUCCAGUGACGAACGACUCGUACUGGAAGUUCAAGGGCGACUACUGGGAGAAGAGAAAGAACAAGCAAUUAGCUGGUUGCGGCGAUAUAUUUUAG